AUGAACCAGCAGGAAGCGUUGUUCCUUUCCUGUGUCAUUAUUGAUAAAGGACGAUGUUCGGACUAUAAUUGUUUUAAUUUCAGCACAUCAAAAUGUUCCAUGUCAAAUUGUUUCAAUCUAUCGGUUUGUUUAUCAAAAUCCGCUUUCAAAGUGUACGUUUAUCCAAAUAACAACGAAUCGGCAAUUUCGGUGGUAUAUUCGAAUAUUUUGAAGGUGUUACGGGAUAGCAACUAUUAUACGAGUGAUCCAAACGAAGCGUGCCUAUUCGUGUUGAGCAUCGAUACGAUCGAUCGAGACAGACGAAGUGAGAACUAUGUGAAGCAUGUUGACGAGCAAAUCCAAGCACUGCCUCAGCAUAUAUGGAACGACGGUCGAAAUCAUAUCGUCUUCAAUUUGUAUCAUGGAACCUAUCCAGAUUAUUCCGAUCAUGACCUAGGAUUCAAUGUUGGUUACGCGAUUGUGGCUAGGGCUAGUGCGAAUACACAGAUAUUUCGUCCGGGUUUUGACCUUUCGUUCCCAUUAUUUCAUAAAGAGCACUCUUUGCGUACAACAUCUGAGCCGGUUUGGUCAUUGAAACUGCAAGAUGAGUACUUGGUGAGCUUCAAAGGAAAACGUUAUGUUUAUGGUAUUGGAUCAGAAACUCGUGACGCAUUGUAUCAUUUGCACAAUGGCAGAUCAGUGGUUAUGGUGACUACAUGCAAGCAUAAUACCGACUGGAAGAAAUAUGAAGACGAACGUUGUGAUGAGGAUAACAUCGAGUAUGAAAGAUGGGAUUAUGAGAGCACAAUGUCCAAUUCAACGUUUUGUUUGACGCCCAGAGGUCGUCGACUUGGUUCGUUUCGGUUUCUGGAGGCACUUCGUCUCGGCUGUAUUCCAGUGAUACUCUCAGACGAUUGGGAGCUACCAUUCUCGGAGAUCAUCGAUUGGUCACAAGCGACCGUUAUAGCACACGAGGACACUGUGCUGACGAUCACUGAUAUUCUACAAUCGAUUCCAAUCGUGCAAAUAAUCUAUAUGAAGCAACAAGCACGUGCACUCUAUCAACGAUAUUUCAGUAGUGUCGAGAAAAUUGUACUCACAACCGUUCAAAUAAUCGAAGAACGAAUAGCAAAGCAACAAUGGGGAGUGCAAGGACGUGACUGGAAUUCGGUGUUCAGGGAGGAAGAGACACGCUCAGAGAUAUCGCCCUGUACGUUACCAACAAAUCAGGCUGCUUUAUCGUCAUCGAAGAAUUGUGAAGUGGUCAUAUUGGCAACCAAUAAAGUAUCCGGAAGAUUAGUUCGUUUAGUGCGAACGCUGUCGACACUCAGUGAAAUUGUUACGAAGAUCACUGUUCUGUGGCCAACAGCGCGCGGAAUCGCACCAUUGCAGAAUGAUUUUUCAGUGGAGAAUGAUUUAGACGUUGUGCUUGUGACGAAUUCCGAUCAGUCAGCGUUUUUUAAUCUAAGCCGAACAGGUGAGCACAAUUUCGUUGGUGAUUUUGUGUUGCUGUUGGAUGAACGAGUGUCGUUGAAACGUUCGGAUUUUUUGUCAAUGUUCGGAAUUGCAUUGCAAGAACCGAAUCGAUUAGUGGGAUUCUACAGUGCCAUGCAUGUGGUAUCUACAAAAGCGUUGGCGGUAAAUUUAGGCGAAACCAAUGAAUAUUCAAUUAUAUUAUUGCAUUGUGCUAUUUUGAAUAGACGAUAUUUGUAUGACUUUUGGCGUUGGGUACCUCAACCAGCUAUCGAAAUAGCAUCACGUAUACCUCAGUGCUACGUGCUCUUGUUAAACUUUAUGUUGACCGAAAAAUCAGCACAGUCACCGGUUUCGAUCGGGAAUCGUGUGAAAGAAUCAUGGAUGUUGUCACGAAAUUAUUCAAUUUGUUUGAAUAAGGUUAGUAGUUUGGUACUUUCCUCAUCAGUAUGGCCUUCAACGGGAUUGCCGCUGAUCUCGAGUCGAGUUCGCGUUGAUCCAAUAAUCUAUCCGGAGAGCUCCCAAAACAACCGGAAGCAGUUCCCUGAUGUUGAAUUGUGA